AUGUCCGACGUCCCACCUACUGAACCCGUUCCACAGCCAGAAGAACAGCAUGCUCCAGCACCACAACAGGUUCCACCUCCACAAGGCUCCCACAGCAACCUCAGUUCCAACAAGGACCUCCGAAUUACUACCAAUUUCCACCUCAAGGUUACUACCCACCACAAGGCUUUCCAAACUACCCACCACAAGGCUUUCCAAACUACCCUCCUCAACCCAUGCCUUACUUCCCUAACCCUUGGAUGUUCAUGUCAAACCCUCCACCCCAAUUCAAUUCCAAUCUCAUCCAAGAGAGACCAAGAGUUCGAAGAAGGUCUGA